AUGUCGCUCGUGCAGCACGUCACUCCCAUAGAAGGUGUCGACGUUGAGCCAGACGUAGAGCAUGAUGAGGAUUUCCACCCAAUUGCUCGCAAGAUCAGUUACGAUGUGUUGCAAGCACCAACGCAGCCGGUCCCGGUAGAGGACCAGCCACCCGCGUUACCUGCCUACCAGGUCUCUGUGGCGCGAAGAUUGGCGCAGGUCGCAUUCACAAUCCUCGCGUGUUGGCUUGCCUCAGGAAUUCUUUUCGGAUAUGCUGCUCUAAAACCGAUUCUCGUAGAAGAGGGGGUCUAUCACGAUCAAUGCACAGACGAAGAGCUGCGCGACGGCGUCAAACUUUGUGUGCAGCAGGACUUGAGACUGAACCUAUGUUUCACCAUCGCAUCCAUCACCGCCAAUGUGUCUGCAUUGCCCGUCGGGACCAUUCUUGACCAUUACGGAUCCCGCAUCUGUGGCCUAAUCGGAAGCUUGUCUCUCGCGAUUGGGAGUGUACUUCUGGCGUUGUCGUUCCUCUGGCCUCAAUUUCAAGGAUUCGUUAUGGGCAACUUCUUCCUCGCGUUUGGAGGCACUUUUAUCUUUGUGCCCUCGUUCCAGAUUGCCAAUGCGUUUCCCAAAUCCGCCGGGACAAUCGUCGCUCUCGUCACUGGGGCCUUUGAUGCGUCUGCCGCUGUCUUCCUCCUCUACCGAUUGGUGUAUGAGAUCUCCAACCAGAAAUUCAGCCCUGACAAGUUUUUCCUGGGCUAUCUGGCUGUGCCGGUCAUCAUACUUCUUGCCCUAUUGACUUUCAUGCCGAAGCGAGACUACUACUCUACGAUGCGCCUAGAGGAUCAGAUUCACAAGGCAGAAGAUCAAAGGCGCGACGUGCACGAUUCUGACCAGGACAUUGACAGUGACCGGGAACUACAGAGAGUCCGCAGUCGACGUGCUGAGCAACGUCAAGAAAUUAUAGAGAACAUCAACGAGGUUCUAGGUGACGAGGAUGAGCGUCUGCAGCGUGCGGAACGCGAGGAGGAUCGACAACAGAUCAGUCAGGUCUGGGGUGUGCUUCAUGGACUGCCCGCUCACAAACAAAUGAUGACGCCCUGGUUUAUUCUCAUCACACUGAUGACCGUCAUUCAGAUGGUGCGGAUGAAUUACUUCAUUGCUACCAUUCGCACGCAGUACGAGUACAUGCUCGGCUCGGAUGAGAGCGCUCAACGCAUUAAUGACUUUUUUGACGUGGCUUUGCCGAUCGGCGGUAUUCUCUCCACACCGCUGAUCGGAGGAUUACUGGAUCGUCUUAGUGUUCCUGCGACCUUGAGUCUCAUUGUAGUUUUGACGACGAGCAUUGGCAUUCUCAAUUCCAUCCCGGCAAUGUGGGCGGGCUAUUGGACCGUCAUUCUCUUUGUGUUGCUUCGUCCACUCUACUAUUCAGCCAUGUCCGACUACGCAACGAAAGUCUUCGGCUUUGCUACCUUUGGCCGUGUCUACGGGACCAUCAUCUGCCUGUCCGGACUUGUCAACUUCUCCCAGUACUGGCUGGAUUCCUUGACUCAUGGUCCCUUCCAGGGGAAUCCCGUGCCCAUCAAUAUUGGCCUCGUGGUAGCUGGGUUUAUCGUCGGAGUUGUGCUCGUCGGAUACGUCACGUUCGCAGGCCGACGUUUCCAGGCGGAAGAGGCUACGGAGCAGGAGAGAGCGCCUCUGUUGACUGUGGAGGAGGAGAAUGAUGAAGACUAA